GGCGGUGCUUCCGCCUGCGCGUGGCCACAGCCGACUGCUCGGCGGCGCCCCGGACCGUCGGGAACCGCGCCCGCAGCCGCCGGCCGCGCGGCCGGAUUAGAGGGCGAUGGAUCUGGAACCCGAGCUGCUGCUGCAGGAGGCCCGCGAGAACGUGGAGGCGGCGCAGAGCUACCGGCGGGAGCUGGGCCAUAGGCUGAAGGGACUGCAGGAGGCGCGGAGGCAGAUCAAAGAGAGUGCAUCCCAGACAAGAGAUGUCCUCAAACAGCAUUUUAAUGAUUUAAAGGGAACCCUGGGGAAGCUCCUGGAUGAGCGAUUGGUGACCCUUUUGCAAGAGGUGGACGCCAUUGAACAGGAGACCAUUAAGCCACUAGAUGACUGCCAGAAGCUGAUAGAGCAUGGAGUUAACACUGCAGAGGACCUCGUCCAAGAAGGUGAGAUCGCCAUUCUGGGUGGUGUAGGAGAACAAAAUGAAAAACUCUGGAACUUUACCAAAAAAGCCUCCCACAUCCAGCUGGACAGCUUACCAGAAGUGCCUUUACUGGUUGAUGUGCCUUGUUUAUCUGCCCAGUUGGAUGAUUCAAUUCUUAACAUAGUGAAAGACCACAUUUUCAAGCAUGGAACAGUAGCAUCUCGCCCACCAGUACAGAUAGAAGAAUUAGUAGAAAAACCUGGAGGCAUCAUCGUACGAUGGUGUAAGGUGGACGACGACUUUACAGCCCAAGAUUACAGGCUCCAGUUCCGGAAAUGUACUUCCAGUCACUUUGAGGAUGUGUACGUGGGCUCGGAAACUGAGUUCAUCGUGUUGCACAUAGACCCCAACGUGGACUACCAGUUCCGGGUCUGCGCCCGAGGGGACGGCCGGCAGGAGUGGAGCCCUUGGAGCGUCCCCCAGACAGGCCAUUCCACGCUGGUGCCGCACGAGUGGACAGCUGGCUUCGAGGGGUACAGUCUGAGCAGCCGAAGAAACAUAGCGCUCCGCAACGAUGCCGAGUCCUCGGGCGUCCUCUACUCCAGCGCCCCCACUUACUUCUGUGGGCAGACGCUGACCUUCAGGGUUGAAACUGUGGGACAACCAGACAGAAGAGACAGUCUGGGAGUGUGUGCAGAAAAGCAGAAUGGGUAUGACUCUCUGCAGCGGGAUCAAGCCGUGUGCAUUAGCACAAAUGGAAAAGUCUGCAGCUGUUCUGAUGCCUAUUCAUUUGUAUGAGCCAUUCAGGAUCUUUUUCAUCUUCACUAUCUACUUCCAUUUCUUGUGGACGGAGAGGUAAACAAGUAUCACUAUGGAAAUACAGACGAUUGUGUCCACUACUGUAUGUUCGUUGCUGUUCCACUUCUCCAUCUUCGGAUUCAAGAAAUUCAGACAUGCUUGCUUUUGUUCGUUUUGGCCUAAUGGAAAGAAAUGCUGACGUAAUGUUAAGUAACACAGAGAAGGCUCUUUAUAUUUCACAUCCGUCAAAUGGAGUACAUUCUUUCCUUACAGGUUUCUACCUAGGUAUGCACAAAACUUCCACUGGGAGACUUCUUUAAUCCUCCUGUCUAUAAGCACUAGGGCAGGAGCGACGUUAACAACACAGAAAAAAGCUGAAAGGAGAAGUGAGAAAACUUCUAUAGAAAUAGGAGUCAGGGAGGGUUAUAAGGCAGUAUACCACUCCCAAGACUUAGCUAAUACUGAAAGAAGGGGUCCCACCUAGAGAGUAGCCUUGUCUGGCUUCCCUUUAUUCCUCCAACAUCAGUACAAGUCAGAGAAUAAACUUGUUGUGUGACCUUUUUACCUACCUGCACACUAGAAUGUGUGUGAUAGGUGUUCUCUUUACUGGUCCAUUGCGACUAAAAGCAAAUCCAGGUUGGCGAUGAAUAUCCUGAGGAUUUCCUGCAUAGGAGCCAUCAUAACACUCGUUGAUAGAUACAUCUAUCCUAGCACCUUUUGGAUGAUACUGAAACAAAAAAUAGCAAGGUGUUUAGGAAAAGAAAAUAUUAAUUAUCCUACUCUAAAUACCUACCCCUCCAAUUUAAUUAAUUAAAAAGUAUUUGUGGGUUCUUAAUGUUUGGAAAACUAAAGUAAGCCAGGAAUACCAGCAUGGUGAACAGGAAGUCAGGAGACCUGAGGUCAAAAAGAUUUGUGUAUUUAAAAUCCUGGCUGUGCCAUUUAUUAGCUCGGUAACUUCGUAAGCUUAAUUCCUGUCUGAGCAAGGAUAAGGAAAUUAAUUAUCACUUAAUUAAUCACUUAAUUCAAAGAACUGGUGUGAGGAUUAUGUGAAUCAAUAUAGGUACACUAUGCAAAUAUAUGUAAAUCCUGAAUCAUUCAUUGUAAUUCAUGAACACAGCAUUCCAAAUGGAAAAAUUUUGGUAUAUUCUGCACAAAGUACAAUUUCUCUUUCCUUUCCUUUUUGGCUGCACCUACAGCAUAUGGGAAUUCCUAGGUCAGAGAUCAAACCUGCACACUGCAGUAACCAAAGCCAUAGCAGUGGCAAUACCAGAUCCUUAACCAACUGAGGCACAAGGGAACUCCCAAAGUACAAUUUAUGAAAGUCAAAUUGUUUUAUAAUGUAUGAGUUCAAAAGACUGAAGUUACUUACAACAUAAUUGAAGAUAAAUCUGCUAUGGCAGAGUUUAAGAUGCUUGAGUAAGCUAUAAAGUUUGCGGCAAUUCAGAGUGCACCAAGGGCAAUGUAGGUCAUCUCUUGCUUCAGUUUGUUGUCUUGUGUUGUUGUUAUAAAGGAACUUUAAAAGUAACAGAAAACAAAAACAGCAAAUCUCCAACUUGCAUAUCUCAAGAUAUUUUGUUUCAAUAUCACCUUUAAAAAUAGUUAAAACAAUUUAAAAGAAAAAUCAAGCCAGAGGCAUUCUUUUUAAUUAAAUAUGCCAAAACAUUUUAGAUAUAACAUGCAAAACAAAGGCAUCUCAUGAUUAUGUAAAAACAAGAAUCAGUCAUGUUUACCUGAUAAAAUAUUCUUAAUUUUUGUCGGUUUUCAUUAGAAGUAUCUUUUCUUGUUUGUAGGUCUGUAGUCAAUGAUUCUUUAACAGCUGAAAACAUAUACUUUAAUGAAAAUAUUUGCUUUUAAAAGUGAAAUAACUAUCUUGUGAAAAUAAUUAAACAAUAAAGGUUUCUCAAAAUUCUUCUUGUGUUUUUAACACUCUCAAUCCCCUAAAUCAGCAACCCUAAUGAGCUAUUAAGGUCCUUAUUGGCAGGAGCCAUAUUUUCCCUUUAACAACCAGAGUCUAUGUCCUAAAACAUUAUAAAAAUAGCCAAUUAUAUGUAGUCACGGUAAUUUUUAUAAUGUUUUAAUUUUAAGCACUUUGAGGUCAGAGUGUGGGUUUUUUUUUUUUUUUUAUUAAUUUAUCACACCUGUAGUUGUACAAUGAUCAGAGUGUGGUUUUGAUUGGUCUUUGUAUUCCCACUGUACAGCAGUGAAGAAGACAUCAAAAUGCUGGCUUAACAGAAAUAAAAAUGAUUAUAUUAACAAUCACUCCAA